AGCAGUGUUCAUACCCAAAGUUUUAGGCCAUCUUAUCCUCUUUAUCAACAAAGGCCAGGCCCUGGCUUCCAGAGUGAGACUGAGAUACAAAAAUGGCUGUAUUUUCACUCUCAGCUUCAUCCUCUUCCUUCAUCUUCUCAUCCUCCUCUACUUGUUCCUCUUCAACCAAACCCCCUUUUCCAUCUUCCUCUCCUUCUUCUUCAAAGACCGCUAACAAAACCCCCUUCAUUGGGCUCUCUGCGGCCCAAUCCCAAAAGCUUUGGAUUCCCACCACAAGCUCUCUUACUUUUAGCAGUGAAGGCAGUUCGAGACGGAGCUUUGAGGUUCACAGCACAAAGGAAAUUACCCGCGUGCCCUUGGAUGAACGCUGGAUGUGGGAGGAGGACGAAGUCGAAGGCAUUGAUAUUUGGAAUAAGACAUGGUACCCAAAAGCUGCAGAUCAUGUGAAUACUGAGAAACCAUGGUAUAUUGUUGAUGCCACAGACAAGAUUCUUGGAAGACUAGCAUCCACAAUCGCCAUUUACAUCCGCGGCAAAAAUCUGGCAACCUAUACACCCAGUGUUGACAUGGGGGCAUUUGUCAUUGUGGUAAAUGCAGAAAAGGUUGCUGUAUCUGGCAAGAAAAGAAACCAAAAGCUCUAUAGAAGGCAUUCUGGACGACCAGGUGGUAUGACAGUGGAAACAUUUGACCAGUUACAGCAGAGAAUACCAGAGAGAAUUGUUGAACAUGCUGUUCGUGGAAUGCUUCCAAAGGGGAGGCUUGGUAGGGCACUUUUCAACCACCUGAAGGUUUACAAGGGCCCAGACCACCCACAUGAAGCCCAGAAGCCAUUGGAUCUGCCUAUAAGGGACAAGAGAAUACAGAUACGAAGAUAGAUUUUGAAGCUGCACUCCACACCUAGAUGCAGGAGCAUUCUGUCUUUUAACCCAUGAUCAUCAUUACCUUCACCUUUUGGUUUAUGGGGUACUGAGUUCCGCACAUCAAAUCGUUUUUAGAUCCGGGCUGUUCAUGUUUGUAAUUUAGUUGUAGAUGGCUUUGAUACAAGUCUUACUUAUUUCAUUCCAAUUUGGUUUGAAGCUUGUGUAGGUUUCAUUUGCUUUUGAUGAAAUUCGGAAAUUGUACUCGAAUCUGGAAUCAAUGCCACAAGAUUUAUUAAUUUGGGAAA